AGAGUUGUUUCCCUUGAAUCUGAAACAAACAAAUGCUUGAUUUCAAAUGGACUGAACUUGGAAGCACACUAGACAAAAAAAGAUGCCUUAAAUUAAAACUAUAGAACCGAAAAAACUGCAAAAUGUGAAAGAAUGGGAUUUAUAUUAUUUCUUUUCUAUGGAAUUGUUUUUGUUCAAGGAAUACCCGGUGUAAAUUCUGAUUCAGACAUAGCCAAGUUACUAGAACACCCAUACAAUAAAUACCUUUGGGAUAACAUUCCACGACCAUUCGAAAUUAUAUUUCCUAAAAGAGUCCAUAAGAAAGCAGACCAGAUCGCCAUUUCAACUCGUGAAAAACAGAUAAGACAUCAUGGAACUCAUGAACAUCUUGAGCAUGUCACCUUCCAGUUGAUGAUUAAUGGACAAGGACAAAAGUUAAGACUGAAAAAGAAUGAUGCUCUGCUGUCUUCAGGAAUUCAGGUCAAACAUUACCUAGAAGAAAACCAACAAAUUAUUAGCAAGACUGUAGAGCAUUGCUACUAUCAGGGUACAGUUAAAAGAGAUGAAUGGUCUAGUGUAGCUGUCAGUACGUGCCAUGGGAUAAGGGGUGUGAUUAAUUUACACAACAAGACCUAUGUCAUACAGCCCUUACUUGGUGGAGAUGAAGGGAUACAUCAUCCACAUGUUGUUUUUAAAGCCUCCACUUCCAAGACUGAAACUUGUGGAAAUGACAUUGGUCAGUGGAGGACAUUUCAGGAGUUACAUAGGGGGGAAUUCAUUAGAAGAGUCAAAGCAAUGAAGGCUAAGAAACAGCUGCAUAUGAAUGUUAACAACAAUUCAGAGAAACAUUUAAAGAUGGCAUUAGUACUUGAUAAUUCUGUGUAUUCCAGACUGAAUCUUUCUCACAAAGAAAUGGUAAACUUUGCCCUACAGACAGCUAACAUGGUGGACAUGUACGUCAAAGAUGUAGGAAUAAGAACACCUGUGACUUAUUUAGAAUACUGGAAUGCAGGAGAUAAAAUGGAAAUAUCUUCACAGAUCAGAGAACUCUUGAAAUCUUUUCUGAUGUACAAACAGUUUCAUUUGAUGAACAUAGACCAUCAUGCAGCUCACUUUAUCACACACAUCCCAUUAGAGGAUAACUCUGUUGGUUUAGCUAUACCUGAUAGUGUAUGUACAGAGAGAGCUGUUGGAAUAAAUAGGGUAUCAAGUGUACUGGAACCUCAGCAGCUGGCCACCAUUCUGACACACAUGUUAGGUCAUAAUCUAGGUCUCAAACAUGAUGAAGAUGUCAAACAAAGGGAAUUAUACCAUAGAGGUGGUUGUGACUGUAAGGACCAGGUUGGAUGUAUCAUGUCUACUGAUGUACUGAUGAGAUCAGACACCAUCCAUUCCAGACAGUUCUCCUACUGUAGUAGAUCAGAUUUAGAUGUAUCUACCAGUAUGGACAUUACAGCAUGUCUCAGUGCUAGUCCGAAAGAGUACUAUAUAUCUAAUGUGAUUCAAAUGGCUUUUACACAGGAGUGUGGUAACUUGAUAGUAGAAAGAGGGGAGGAGUGUGAUUGUGGAACACCUCAGGAAUGUGCAAUAAGAGAUCCGUGUUGUGAUCCAGAUACAUGUUUAUUGAAGACAUGGGCCCAGUGCAGAACAGGAUCAUGCUGCUAUAACUGUACAUUUCUACCACAACAAUAUGUGUGUCGAGAGAGAUCCACAGAAUGUGAUGUACCUGAACUAUGUACUGGUUUCUCAGGGGAGUGUCCAUCCAACAACUAUAUACAAGAUGGUCAUCCCUGUAAAAACAGCAGUGGCUUCUGUCAAAGUGGUAUCUGUCCUACCAUGGCUUUACAAUGUCAACAUAUCUGGGGAGAAGGAGCUAUAGGUGCAGAUGAGCAGUGUUAUGAAAGAUUUAAUCCAAUCGGUAACUUUAACGGACAUUGUGGAAAGGAUGAUAAUACUGGAUCUUAUGCUAAAUGUCUUCCAGAAAACAUCAUGUGUGGACUGCUGCAUUGUGAUGGUGGCACUGUUGCUCCACUCUUUGGGUCAGAUAAAAACUUUAUGAAGACAACACUUGUCUCUAAUGGCAUAGAGUAUGCUUGCAAAGUGAUCCAUGGCCCAGCAGUGUUAAAUCUGCCUAAUUUUGGACUGGUACAAGAUGGAAGCAAAUGUGGAAACAAUAAAAUUUGUAUGAACAAACAGUGUGUCUCAGUAUCAGUAUUACCUCCCCUUAAAUGUCCAGGAACUGUUGACAAUGUUAUCUGUUCAGGCAGAGGGGUGUGUACACAGAAGGGAACAUGUUUCUGUGAUGAAGGUUGGACUGGUUCUGAUUGCACUGUUAAAUACAAUAUCACCAUGACAACAGGAGUACUGCGUAAACCUACAUUACCAACCACCCCAACUACAACACUACUCAAGGUCACUCAACUGUCAACUGCCUUGACCACAACUACAAUAAUAAUUGCACCACCAGUAGCCGUUGUAAAAGCAGAUGAAAGUGGAAUAAGUACAGAAUGGUUGGUGAUUAUUUUAGCCUCAGUGGUUGGAUCUCUAGUAUUCUUGUUAGCUGUGACUUUCCUGUGUUAUAGGAGAACAAGUCCAGUGAAGAAGAGAUUCUUUGGAAAGGGGAAUAAAUCCAUAAAGUUUGGUGCUACACCUUCUUACAAACACCGUGGGUUAUUUGGAAAGAAGAAGAAGGGGACCAGUGAAGAAGAAAGUGACAUUGGUGAGCUCCCACCACCCCCUGUUAUUAUUUCUGAUCCUAAUUCAGCUAUGCCUGAGAGAGGUAUACUUAAAAACAAUCGUAAAUCUAGUGAUGGAAGUCGUAGCAGUGAUACAUACACUGGUACCGGAGGAACAGAUACUGCAGACCAGGAUAGUGAAGGUCCUUAUGGACUGGAAACAGAGGAUGAUGAAGCAGAAGAAAUUCAGGAAAUUCUAAAUCGUAGUAAAUUUGACCCAGAAAAAUCAAUGGAAGCCUUAGAUCAGAUAGUUGACUCUUCCAGCUUUGACUUUGUAUUACCAUCACCAUAUUUUAGUACUGUUGGUAACUGUACAGAUCAUUCUCCAACCAAAAGACUUUUUAAUUAUGAUAUACCUCAGUUCUCACAACAAACACCACAACGUCCAUUUUAUUGGAAAAAUAAUUUAUCAUCCCCUCCAAAAUCUCGAGUUGUUAGGAUGAAAAACUUAGAUGAAUUGAUACAACAAAUUGAUCGUCACACUAUUGAUCUGUCUCCAUCACCAGAUGAGCUUCAGAUGCAGAUAUCUCCAUCGACAUCUGAGGAUGUUCGUAGUAAUUCUACCGAUGAUAGACAAUAUCACAACAAUCACACUCCUCCUAGUCCAUUGUCUAUAGCUAGCACUAGUACCAGAGACACCUAUCGACCAUUUUUAAACAGUCAGUGGACAAAAUAUAUCUUACGUAGAAAUGAAAUGGAUGAUUGUGGUAUGGAUGUGUAUGGAUCUGAAUCUCCCAUGCCACAGAUUAGUAUCCCACCUCCUAUGAGUCCACUCAAUAUCAGAAAUAUAUAUAACUAUGCACAGAAUUCACAUGGAAGAGAUGUGAACGAUACACCAAUAGGAAGUCAGGCAGGGGAUUGUGGGUCAACUCAUGGUACAACCAGUUCUAGAAACGGAUAUGAAAAAAGUUCAGGCUAUGGUAGUGAACAUGAUCCGGAACACUUCAGUACUGAUGAAAUGUCCCGUAAUCAGUCACGCUCAGGGUCACUCUCUCCACCACCCUACAGUGCCGUGAUUAGGGCGGGCCCAAACAAAAUCAAAUUAGUAUCUGCCAAAAAAUUACAUGAUACUGGUAUUGGGGAUGAAGACUUACAAAAACUUUUACAAGAAUUACCAAAAAUAGAUUCAGGAACUUUCAACCGUCAUCCUGUGAAAUCAGAAGCUAGUCUCCCACCAAAAGAAAGUGAUCCCUUGUUAGGAGGACAUUUACUAGAUGAGCAGGAAACCAUUGAGACUGCUCCCUGUAUUGACUGUAGUGUUGAAGAAAUACCAAAUAGUAAGUUACGACGGAAGAGUCGUGGAUCUGUCAAUAGUCAGCUGAUGAAUAUUAGCUUUAAUCAGAAUGUUGAAGAUGGGGAGUGUGUCGAAGUGACGGACAAUAAACGUAACUGUGCCAUUGAUGUCAAUACUUAAAUACUGAUAUUUGUAGUGGUUAUAUUAUACAUCAGACAUUAUAUGUUUGAUUGUAAAUACAGUUUAAUAUUAUAUAGUACUAGUUUCUAACCUAUAGUUCUAAUUUUUAGAAAUAUUUCAGUAAAGAUAUAUAUUAUUAUUUCACACUUUGGAAUGAAAUGUAGAUAAAACAAAUGUCCAUCAAUAAACAAGCCAAAUGACGGAUUUUUUCACUUUAUACAAUGUAAAUUUUAGGUAAUUUGUAUUUUAUAAAAUGAUAAAAAAACAAAAAAACACCAGUUAGUAUGAUAUACUUAUACACAGAAUAUAACUGGUAUAAUCUUCUAUAAACUACAUUACUGCAUUCUUUAUUGUAUAGAUUUUGUGCCAAACUCAUAUCUUGGCAGCUUAUUAUUGUACUUUUACUUUUACUACACAGAAAUAGCAGUGUUGCAACUUUUUUUUUAAUAAGAACCAAAUUAACAUUUAAUAUGGACAGCAACGAAUAUGAUGAGUGUGAUUUUAAAAAUAGUAUGGAACAAAGAGAGAAUCACUUAUUUUAAUCUUUUUGAUUGAAGUGAAAGUAGAGAUAGUGUUAGAUACCCACUUCUGUACAGUGUUCUAUUAUUAUCUGUCUCAAUUAAUUGCUUAUCCUGCUUAUUAUUAUUCAAAUUUUGCAUAGCAUUCCUAAUUGAAUAUUUUUACUUUAAAAACUGUGUUUAGAUCUCACUUCAAGUAACUGUUUUAUCAUGUAUUUUUGUCUUCCAAACAUUCAUCUUUUUGGUUAAGAUCUUUAUCUUUUAGUUGUUCAUACAUAGGCAUAAAGAAAUACUCUUAAAGAAGCAUUUUUAGAUAAGUUUAUUGGAAAGAAAUAUUUUAAACUAAAAUGUAACAGAUACAAAUUUGUGAACUACCUUGCACUCGGAAUUACUUGUUCUGACUUUAAAACUAAAUGAAAACAGUUAUUUGAAAUUAGGCUUAAAUACAGCUUUAUGUUUUAAUUUUCAAUUACAAGUAUUUUUUGUUUUAGUAUUAUGUACCCAGCAUUAUUUGUUAGUUUUGCACCUUUAUAUUUUUAAACCAAAUUUUAUUUUGUUAAAUUUUUAUUUUGUUAUAUUUUUAUUUUUCAUCUAAUGUCAUUUUAUUUUAUUUUAUUUUAGAGGUGAAAUUCAUCAACAUUUAAUGAACACUUGCUUUAAGAUUAAGGGACAUAAAAAAAAUUCACAACAAAAGUUAAGAUUGUUACAAAAAUUUAAGAUAUUUUUUAGGGGUAAAAUUGUGUUCAAAACUUUUGUAUAAAGCUAUAGAUGCAUUUAUAUGUAUUGCGACCUUUCUUUAUUUUUUAGUAUAAAUAUUUAUAGGAAAUUAGUAUUGAAUUUAGAACCAAAUUUGCUAUAAAUCAAUCUGGUUUUUUUUUUAAUGAAAGAUCCUGAUAGUACUAUUUAUAGAUAUUUACCUCCUAUUAAUAGACUUUUGUAUUUAAUGAAGUGAAUCAUGUGAUGUAUAUACAUUGAGUUAUGAGUUGUUUUCUAGAAUCUCAUAUUGGUUUUGUUUAGUUGUAAUAGAUUUUUUGAGAAUAUAGGUUGUAAAUGUAUCAAUGUGGUAUGGAUGUGUAUAAUUUCAUGCUAUUUUUUGCUAUGUGCAAUAUGAAUAUGAUCAAAAUACAUUGUAUAGAUAUUACAUUGUACAUUUUAUUGUUGCUCACUUUAUUCUUUUGAUACUACUUACACCUUGCCUAUAGACAUGUAUUGGUUUGAAUAAUUUCAUUUUUUAUACACAAAUGUAUACCGGUACAUACUUUAAAUGUGUUCAAUCGUAUCCAAAUAUCCAAACCAAGAUGAAUGUCUUUUUCUGUAUUAAAAAAGAAAGAUUUUUUUUUUUUUAUGAACAAUGAAAAAAAAAAGAUUUUUGGGAUUGAAAAAUUAGAAAUGAGAUCAAGCCUUUCUAGACUAAAGAAUUUCAAGGAAGAUAAAAAAAAUCAUUUUUUUCCUUUGCUUGUGUGUACUGUUGUGAAAGUCUUCCACUAAAAGAUGGAUAUUGGCAUCAAUAAAGUAAUGAACAUAUUUUAAUACCAAUAACAGGCUGGUCUGAAAUUACUUUAGUGUAUUAUUUUCAUUGCUUAGUUAUGGCUUUCAUUUUUUACAGUUGUUUUUGGUAGUAUAUACAUGAAGGGUAUCUUAAGGUUGUUAUUUUAUUUAUAAUGUUUAUAUAAAGUGGUGCUUUAAAUGUUGUUGUCACAAAUAACAUUUUUUUUCACACAUCAGUCAAUAGCAUUUUGAAAGAUAGUUGUCAAAUGUGUAAAAGAUAACUUCAAAUAUCAGCAUUUCCCAGCCCUGAAAAGAUAUUUUUUAAACCAAAAGAUGUCAUGUAUUUUUCUUUUUUCAAUGUGAGAAAAUUAUUUUUUGAUUCAGCAAUUUAAAAUGUUUAUUAAAUGAUUUUAUCAAAGCUUACCGUUGCAAUUUAAAUUUAUCAGUACAAUAACUUUCUUAUAACAACAAACUUUUGGUUGGAUCAUUUUAAAAGAGCUGACAUUUUUAGUUAAGAUACAGUUGACAACAGUUUAUGAAAACAAUAUUUUAGGAAUUCAGUCAUUAUAAGUGAAUAUUUAGAUAGUCAUUAAUUUUUUUUGUGCUCAAUUGAAUUAUGUGAUGUAGCAGUAAUACAAGCAUACUAAAGAUAACAUUUUGAAUGAUGAUUUAAAAUAGUCAUGAUUAUAAAAACUGUGCUGUAUUUGUCACAAAGUAAACAAAAAUAUCAUAUCA